CUACGAUAUCAGUUUCAUCCUGACAUAGCUACCAUAUUUUCCAUCUCCACCAUUCUGUUCUCAACCCAAUAGAGGAAGUAUAGAGUGUGCCAGAGCGCUAUGCGGGGAACAAAAAUGAUGGAUUUCGACAGGUGUUGAAGAAGCUUGGGGUGGACUUGAAUAGACUUGCAAUAUCAUGCCCUGCUUUGACGAGCGUCCGGUUUCUACACAACCCCACCACCACCACCAACUCUUGGAGUUCGUCGAUAUCUAUGGUUCCAGAAAACGGAGAUGACGAAGAUAUGAAGGAAUACGGCACUGACUCUGGUGAAUAUACGACAAGGGAUUUAGAAAUCGCCAGGAACGCCAUUAACACACCAGUCGCAGAUAGUGCGCCGAAUUCUGUGCUAAUCCAUGCACAAGGAGGAGGACAUUCGCACAUGUACCAGCCACGUCGCUCAAAGCCAGCCGAGCAGACGUACAGAAUCACUUUGUCAGUGAAGUUCACGAGCCACGCAGCGAAGGGCCGUGAGGAUCCAGCGCUUCAUGGGGAGAGCAACGACUUCUACAGAAGGCAGAUGGCGUGGUCAAUGCAGGAGGCGCCAUAUAAUCAAAGCCAACGACGUCGAGAAAGGCAGGGACCCAAGGUCACCCCAAUCCUAUUGAUUAGAACCGCAAAGACAGGAGCCGGGAACCGUAUCGGAGGUCAUAGUCGACGAGGAGGCCUCAAAUUGGAUGAGGAUGUCAUCGACAAGUACAUGACACUUAAAGCGCGCGACUUUGCUUUAAUAGAGUUCAUCAACCAAAGUCGCGGCACAUCACCAACGGUGCCGUGA